AUGAAUAAUAAUAUAACGAAAUUUAAUCAAUAUUCAUCUGGAUGUAUGUGUAUAAGUUGUGAAAAAGUUAAUUUAUUAAAUAUGCUGCAGAAUGUAAAACCAUUUUAUAUUCAUGAAACUAUUUUGGGACAAUGUUUCUUCAAGUGUUUCUGUAAAGAAAUUUGCAAUACAGAAAAGAAACUUGAUAUGUGUGGUCAUGUUAUAAAUAAAAAAAUUGGAAGAAAUCUUCAAGACAAAGAUAUUCCAGCUUUAUUAAUUUUUUUGAAAAAAAAUCAGGAUAUUACUCAUCUUAACUUGGCCAAUAAUAAUAUUUCAAAUCCUGGAUUUAUAAAUUUGAUCGAUCACUUUCUUCAGUAUAAAAUUAUUCAAGAUCUGGAUAUUCAAAACAAUAGUAUCUCUGACAUAGGAAUUAAUUAUAUGUUGAAAUUUGGGAUGGAUUUAAAAUUAAAAAAUCUUAAUUUGAAAGCAAACAAAUUCAGUGAACAAACUUUAAGAAACAUGGCUCUUUUUUUAUUGAAGAAUAAACAUAUAAAUAAUUUAAAUAUUGCUGAUGUGAAUCAAACUGCUUCUAGUUUGAUAUAUUUCAUAAUGGUUUUAAGCUCAGAUCAAGAAAUUUCUAAUAAAAGUCUAAAAAGUUUGGAUAUAAGCCGACCAAAUCCAAAAUGCAUGUAUUAUUUUGAUUCUGCUCAUUUUGCAGAUAUGAUUGGUCAUAUGCUUAAAUACAAUAAUACUCUAAUAGCAAUUCAUUUACAAAAAUACAACUUUAGUUGCCAUGAUAUUGAAAAUAUGAUGCUUAAUACAAAAUAUAACGAUUCAUUACAUAUAUUAGACUUAGGAUGUAACAAUAUUGGUGAUUAUGGUAUUGAUCAUAUUUCUAAAUGGUUGGCAAGAAAACCAGCUUUGAAAACUUUAAUUUUAUGCAGAAAUAUUAUAACUGAUCAUGGUGCAAGGAGUUUAAGUUAUUCCAUUCCGUUUUCGAAACUUUUAUUCCUCGAUAUUUCAUAUAAUAAAAUCACUGAUAAUGGAAUGGUGAAUAUUUUAUGUACACUGAAGAAAUAUCCUAUGUUAAGACAUCUGAAAAUAUUUGGCAAUUGCAUUGGUCAUUCAUCAGCAAAAAUAGUUAAACGAAUGUUGUUAUCUCAAGUCUUGAAUCAAGAAAAUAUAGAUGUUAGACCAUAUAAGGUAGAUCAUAGAUGGUAUUUUGCAAAAUAUGAAGGAGAUUAUUAUGAAAAAGGAAACAAUAUUCCUUAUUAUCUUUCCUCACAAAUGCAGAAAUUAACUUCUUCAAAGAUUCCUGAUUCUAUUAAAACAUGUCAUAAAUAUACAUAUUCAACUACAAGUGAAAUUAAAUCGCAACAUUUGACUGUAUCUCUUAUUUCUACAAAAUUAAGCAGAAAUUAUAUAAAAGACUGCAGAUGUUGUUAUUGUUUGAAAUGUCAGGCUUCCGAUUAUGAUGAGAAAUGCAGAGAUAUUGAUCAUCCAGAUACUUGCAUUUGUUGUAAAUGUAAGGGUGAUGAAAGUAGUGAAUGGUCUAUAGAUAAAUCAGUUUUGAAAAAAGUUGUAUCUCCUCCUGAUCCUGCAAAAAAUAUCGAAUAUAUUAUAAAACAAGUAAAUUCUAAAACUCGUAAAGAUAUUUUAAGAUGGAUUAAUAUUAAUGAAGAUAUCUUAGAAGAAGAUUUAAAAUUAAUUGAUCCAAGUUUAACAAAAGAAAGCACAGAAGAAUCUAUUUCAUGCAAAUGCUCAUGGAUGCAAUUAAGCUCAUCUUUAUUACAAAAAUAUUUGCAACAAUCUUCUUCAAAAAAUUUAAUUAUUAUACCAAAAGAUAACUUUAUCUGUUUAAAGGAUAAGUGCAAGAAUUUUCAUGCUAAAAAAUCUUCAUUAGAUGAUUGUGCAAAUGCAAAUAGAUGAGAUUUUAUAGAAAUAAAGAGAAGAAUUUUUCAU